GAGAUAAAUUUGAUAGAGCCGGAGCGGAUUUUUCAUUCUUCCAAUCAUAUCACAUAUCCCCCCACCCAGAACGAUUUUCGUCCUCCUCCUCCAACCCUGCAACAAUUUAGAUCCCAGCUUCAACUAUCCACUUUCUCGUUUUUCUGGCAUAUUUACGUGUUGGCGGUUGACAUCCUUACCGAGACGGAGAAAAGGCAUAUGUUAAACCGUGUUAUCCUGUUUGCAAAAUUAGGGUUUUGAGACUUCCGUUUUGUCAUGGGUUUUGGAAUCGAUGACGAUGUUGUGGUUGAUGACGGUGACGGGGAUGCCGGCGCUGGAGGCAAGUCCUUUGGUUCAGUGUCUUGUUCAAUCUGCCUCGAGGUUGUUGCCGAUAAUGGAGAUAGAUCGUGGGCCAAGCUUCAAUGCGGGCAUCAAUUUCAUCUGGAUUGCAUUGGUUCAGCGUUCAAUAUUAAAGGGGCAAUGCAAUGUCCGAAUUGUCGGAAGAUUGAGAAAGGCCAGUGGCUUUAUGCUAAUGGCUCUCGGUCAUUUCCAGAAUUAAGCAUGGAUGAUUGGGCACAUGAUGAGGACCUUUAUGAUCUUAGCUACUCUGAAAUGUCUUUGGGAUUUCAUUGGUGUCCGUUUGGUAGCCUAGCCCGACUUCCUCCAUCUUUUGAGGAAGGGGAAUUUUCAUCAUCUGCAUAUCAUGAUAUAGGGGGACAACAUGCCAUAUUCGCCGAACAUACAGCAUCUGCUAGUCAUCCCUGUCCAUUUAUUGCGUACAUUGGACCAAUACAUCCGUCUUCGUCCAACUCUGCAGGAACGGUUUCAGAUGCUUCUUCUAGCUUUACCAACCCCUGGAAUGGCCCAUCUUUGCCCAAUGACAUGCCAGCUUCCUACACUUUUCCUGCUGUGGAUCUCCAUUAUCACAGUUGGGAACACCAUUCAUCGCCUUUCUCUACAGCCAGCAGUGGUCCGGGUACUGCUGAUCAGCCAUCCAUAUCGCCUGCCAGUCAAAGGCCAGCCAGGGGUGGUUUGGAUACUCCAAGAUCAGGAUCUUUUAUGCAUCCUUUUCUUGUUGGGCACAGUUCCGCUGCUGCUUCGUCAAUGAUCCCCCCUUAUCCAGGAAGCAAUGCUCGGGCACGUGACAGGGUCCAAGCUCUUCAGGCGUACUAUCAACAGCACCAACCUAGUAAUUCAGUCAUGCGGACGCCUAUUGCCUCGGGAACCCGAAGAUCUAGCAGUCAUAGAGGAUCAGCACAGCUAGGACCGGUGGCCUCAUCACCAGACCAAGGAGGCGGCUUCUUUCUCGUUCCUUCAACAGGACGCAGUUUUCAAGAAGAAAACCAUCUACCAAGUCGCUUCCGUGCAUGGGAAAGAGAUCCCUUGACUUCCUUGUCGUCAAACCAUGUUGAUAGAGAGUCCGGUUGGGUAGCGUACCACCAGCCUCAUGGCGGGUCAGACCCAAGUGUGAGAUCAUUAGGAUUUCGAUUAAGACACGGGUCAGAGCGAGUGCCUUCGCAAAAUCGGUGACAUGCGUGUUGCCCUGCGAAGAAAACUUUCACUGCUAGGGAAUAUCAAAAUUUUAUAUAUGCUUGAGAAAUGUUUUAAGUGAUGAUUCGGCCUUGCAGACUACAGACUCUGGGUGGCCUGGAAUUCACCUGGCUGACAGGUGGCAGUGUGAUUGAGGGACAUUAACUUGCUUUGGUUUCUUAUCCUCCGGGGGGAUAAAAUAAGAUGAUAUCUUAUUGGAGAAAUCAGGCGUUGAGAUGACACGUUACGUCAACUGGAGGAGGGCAGCUGCCGCUGGACUGUAAUGACUGACGUUCGUGCUAAUGCUCGUUGUAUUGAGAAUUCAAGUACUGGGUCUUUGCAUCUCGUGGUGAGGCUGAUUGUUGAGAUUUGUGCAAGAACUGGUCCACCGUAUGGAAAUUGCAUGACAGCUCGAUUUCGCUUGCAUGAUGAUGUUCGAGUUCUGAGCUUGGUUAAAAGAAUUUAUUCCUCGGAUUUAGUGUGAAAUAUGAUCGAGGAUAAACAGUUCUUAUCGUGAUCAUGAUACCAUGGAAUCUUGUGAAAAUGGUUAUUCAUUUAAAAUGGGUAAGUAACCGUUGUAACGGAAGAGAGCUUGAACAUAAUUAAAAUUAGAAUGUCUAGGAAAAGGUCGUUCUUUGAAACUGCUCUCUACUCUAGCUUUGGGCCCCACGUCUUUCAUCAUUGCCUUUAAAUUUAAUUCGGGACUUCAUUUUAGCCACUUUUUUAUUUGAAAAAAAGAAUUGCAAUC